ACAGAGUCGCCUUUGAACCGCAAGUGAACUUGAGUGCUGCACUAGCAGCCAGGCUCUCGCUGCCGCCGGCGCCCCGCGGCCUCCCAGUGAGGUUUACCUCCUCGCCCGCCCUCCCCGGAGAGCGCAACCCUGGGCUCGUUCGUUACCGAGCCAGAGAGCUAGGAAGCUUGUCCUCCCCUUCGGGUGCUAUUUCCUACCUCCUCCCGACUUCACCGCCCCCCCCCCCACUUUUUUUCUUGUUGCGGGUUUGGAGCAUGGUUUUCAUGUGAUUAUUUUUUCCCUUUUUCAUGGACAGUACCUGCACCCUAAGCAAUUCAGACUUGGCUUCUGUUUUCCGUUAGCGCUUUGCUGCACGGACAAAUGCAUACAAAUGCAUUUAGGAGCCCACAGAACAAGGCGUGGAAAAGUCUCCCCCACGGCAAAAACGAAACCACUUCUUCACUUUAUUGUGCUAUGUGUGGCUGGGGUUGUUGUUCAUGCACAAGAACAAGGCAUAGAUAUUCUUCAUCAACUAGGCCUUGGAGGCAAAGAUGUAAGACACUCAUCAUCAGCGACUGCUGUACCAGCAUCAUCUACACCAUUACCUCAGGGGGUCCAUUUAACAGAAUCAGGCGUCAUUUUAAAAAAUGAUGCUUAUAUUGAGACACCUUUCAUGAAAAUUUUACCAGUCAACUUAGGGCGGCCGUUUACAAUAUUAACUGGGUUACAGUCACAUCGGGUGAACAAUGCAUUUCUCUUCAGCAUUAGAAAUAAAAAUAGACUGCAAUUAGGAGUGCAAUUACUACCUAAAAAAUUAGUAGUACACAUUAGAGGAAAGCAGGCUGUAGUUUUCAACUACAGUGUUCAUGAUGAGCAAUGGCAUUUAUUUGCCAUUACUGUUAGAAACCAAAGUGUCUCAAUGUUUGUUGAGUGUGGAAAGAAAUAUUUUAGCACAGAGACUAUUUCAGAAGUGCAGACCUUUGAUUCUAAUAGUGUGUUUACUUUAGGAAGUAUGAAUAAUAAUUCUGUCCAUUUUGAAGGAAUAGUAUGUCAGUUAGAUAUUAUUCCUUCUGCAGAAGCAUCUGCAGACUACUGCAGAUACGUGAAACAGCAGUGUCGCCAAGCAGACAAAUACCAACCUGAAACAAACCUUCCUCAUACAACUCUGAUACCAGCUAAGAUACUGGAACACUCUCCCCCGCCCAAACGAUUUGCUGAAAAAGUACUGUCAGAGGAUACAUUUACUGAAGGCAGAAGUAUUGCAAAUAUCAUAAAUAAUGAUUCUGAAACAGUGUAUAAAAAACGAGAACAGCAGAUAUCAAGAUCUCAGUUAUCUUCUCUUCAGUCAGGAAAUGUCUCUGCUGUGGAUCUCCCAAACCAUGGGAUUCAGGCCAAAGAAAUGAUCACUGAGGAAGAUACUCAGACAGAUGUAAGCCUGUCAGUGACCCCUCAUCGCAUCAGUGAGGCAGGAAUGAAUACCAAAGAGAAAUUUAGUUCUCUUCCAAACAUAUCUGACAGUAUCACACAACAUGAUGAUAGAGUAACUGGUCUGUCACUGUUUAAGAAGAUGCCAUCUAUUCUUCCACAAAUAACACAAGAUACAAUUACCAAUCUCAAGAAGGCUAUCACAGCAAAUCUACAUACUAAUGAACUCAUGGAAAUGCAACCGAUUUUAAACACAAGCUUGUACAGAGUGUCAAAUGAACCGUCUGUGGAUAAUCACCUUGAUCUAAGGAAAGAAGGUGAAUUUUAUCCUGAUGCUACUUAUCCCAUCGAAAAUAGCUAUGAAACUGAGCUUUAUGAUUAUUAUUAUUAUGAGGAUCUAAAUACAAUGCUCGAAAUGGAGUAUCUGAGAGGGCCAAAAGGAGACACUGGACCUCCCGGUCCACCUGGUCCAGCAGGUAUCCCAGGUCCGUCAGGGAAGAGAGGUCCACGGGGCAUACCAGGGCCACAUGGAAAUCCUGGGUUACCUGGAUUACCUGGUCCAAAGGGCCCCAAAGGAGAUCCAGGAUUUUCCCCAGGUCAAGCUGUUCCUGGAGAAAAGGGUGAUCAAGGCCUUUCUGGAUUAAUGGGCCCCCCUGGUAUGCAAGGUGAUAAGGGCCUUGGUGGUCAUCCCAGGACCCAAGGGCUCUUUGGUCAACAGGGAAUUCCAGGAUUUGCUGGUAAUAUUGGUUCACCCGGUUACCCUGGCAGGCAGGGUUUAGCUGGACCAGAAGGUCAUCCAGGUCCUAAAGUGUCUUUGCUUAUUCUUUUGCAGGGUCUCAAAGGACAUCCUGGACUCCCAGGACUUCGAGGUGAACAAGGUUUAGCUGGACCAGAAGGUCAUCCAGGUCCUAAAGGUGCACAAGGCAUUCCUGGGAUCCGUGGAAAGAAGGGUUUUAAGGGGAGACAGGGUUUUCCAGGUGACUUUGGAGACAGAGGCCCUGCUGGUCUUGAUGGCAGUCCUGGACUUGUAGGUGGCACUGGUCCUCCGGGGUUUCCUGGGCUUAGAGGCAGUGUUGGCCCUGUAGGACCAAUUGGACCUGCUGGAAUUCCUGGCCCAGUGGGUCUUUCAGGGAAUAAAGGACUACCUGGAAUCAAAGGUGAUAAGGGUGAACAAGGCACUGCAGGAGAGCUAGGAGAACCAGGGUAUCCUGGAGACAAGGGUGCUGUUGGUUUGCCAGGACCACAAGGGAUGAGAGGAAAGCCAGGGCCUUCAGGCCAAACAGGUGACCCAGGACUCCAAGGACCAUCUGGCCCUCCAGGACCAGAGGGUUUUCCAGGAGAUAUUGGGAUUCCUGGACAAAACGGCCCUGAAGGACCAAAGGGACUCCUCGGAAAUAGAGGGCCUCCUGGACCUCCUGGUCUCAAAGGAACUCAGGGAGAAGAAGGACCAAUUGGACCCUUUGGAGAACUGGGGCCACGAGGAAAACCAGGUCAAAAGGGGUAUGCAGGUGAACCAGGACCAGAAGGCUUAAAGGGAGAAGUAGGAGAUCAAGGAAAUAUUGGGAAAAUUGGUGAAACAGGACCUGUUGGCUUACCUGGAGAAGUUGGGACAACUGGAAGCAUUGGCGAAAAGGGAGAACGUGGAAGUCCAGGCCCACUAGGUCCCCAGGGGGAAAAGGGUGUUAUGGGAUAUCCAGGUCCCCCUGGGGUUCCAGGACCUAUUGGUCCAUUGGGAUUACCUGGUCAUGUGGGGGCAAGAGGACCACCUGGGAGUCAAGGUCCUAAAGGACAAAGAGGACCAAGAGGACCAGAUGGUCUCUUAGGGGAACAAGGUAUACAAGGUGCCAAGGGUGAAAAAGGAGAUCAAGGAAAGAGAGGGCCUCAUGGUCUUAUUGGGAAGACUGGAAACCCUGGAGAAAGAGGAGUUCAAGGGAAACCAGGUUUACAGGGAUUGCCUGGAAGUACAGGUGACAGAGGACUUCCAGGAGAGCCAGGCCUGCGAGGACUGCAAGGUGAUGUUGGACCUCCUGGAGAAAUGGGCAUUGAGGGACCUCCAGGCAUUGAGGGAGAGUCUGGUCUGCAAGGUGAACCAGGUGCAAAGGGAGAUGUUGGACCUGCAGGAAGUGUUGGAGAAACUGGGGAACCAGGUUUGCGAGGUGAACCAGGAGCUCCUGGAGAAGAAGGUCUCCAAGGAAAAGAUGGGUUAAAGGGAGUUUCAGGAGGAAGGGGACUUCCUGGAGAGGAUGGAGAAAAAGGAGACAUGGGCUUACCAGGAAUUAUAGGGCCCUUGGGUAGAUCAGGCCAAAUGGGCCUUCCGGGACCUGAAGGAAUUGUGGGAAUUCCAGGGCAAAGAGGUCGUCCAGGAAAAAAGGGUGAUAAAGGACAAAUAGGACCCACAGGAGAAGUUGGAAGCAGAGGUUCUCCUGGAAAAAUUGGGAAAAGUGGUCCUAAGGGUGCCAGAGGAACUAGAGGUGCUGUGGGACAUUUAGGAUUAAUGGGACCUGAUGGAGAACCAGGAAUUCCAGGGUAUAGGGGCCAUCAGGGUCAACCAGGACUCUCUGGAUUGCCAGGACCUAAAGGAGAAAAGGGCUACCCAGGAGAGGAUAGCACAGUCCUAGGACCACCUGGGCCUCGAGGUGAACCAGGUCCAGUGGGGGAACAAGGAGAGAGAGGAGAGCCUGGAGCAGAGGGAUAUAAGGGCCAUGUGGGCGUACCAGGACUAAGAGGUGCCACUGGACAACAAGGGCCCCCAGGCGAGCCAGGUGACCAGGGUGAACAAGGACUAAAAGGAGAGAGAGGAUGUGAAGGUCAUAAGGGGAAAAAAGGAGCUCCUGGUCCUUCUGGGAAAGCUGGGAUUCCUGGACUUCAAGGCCUACCUGGACCAAAAGGCAUACAAGGAUACCAUGGAGCAGAUGGCAUUUCGGGAAACCCUGGAAAAGUUGGGCCACCAGGAAAACAGGGACUUCCUGGCAAUAGAGGCAGCCCAGGAAGAACAGGACUUGCUGGGGCUCCAGGUCCUCCAGGAGUAAAGGGUUCAUCAGGCUUGCCAGGAAGCCCAGGAAUUCAAGGCCCAAAGGGUGAACAAGGGCUACCUGGUCAACCUGGAAUUCAAGGUACAAGAGGUCACCAAGGAGCACAAGGUGAUCAAGGACCAUGUGGAGAGCCUGGCCUGAAAGGGCAGCCUGGAGAAUAUGGUGUUCAAGGUUUGACAGGUUUCCAAGGAUUCCCAGGCCCUAAAGGUCCUGAAGGGGAUGCUGGCAUUGUUGGGAUAUCAGGUCCUAAAGGUCCUAUUGGACAGAGAGGCAACACUGGUCCCAUUGGCAGAGAAGGUAUAAUAGGCCCAACAGGUAGAACUGGACCCAGAGGUGAAAAGGGCUUUAGAGGUGAAACUGGUCCUCAAGGACCGAGAGGUCAACCAGGGCCUCCAGGUCCACCUGGAGCACCAGGCCCAAGAAAGCAAAUGGAUAUCAAUGCUGCUAUUCAAGCCUUGAUUGAAUCAAAUGCUGCCCUACAGAUGGAGAACUACCAGAAUACUGAAGUGACUUUAAUUGACCACAGUGAAGAGAUAUUCAAAACCCUGAACUACCUUAGCAAUUUAUUGCACAGCAUCAAGAAGCCUCUUGGCACACGAGAUAACCCAGCACGAAUCUGCAAAGAUUUACUUAACUGUGAACAAAAAGUAUCAGAUGGAAAAUACUGGAUUGAUCCAAAUCUCGGCUGUCCUUCAGAUGCCAUUGAGGUUUUCUGCAAUUUCAGUGCUGGUGGCCAGACAUGCUUACCUCCUGUCUCUGUAACAAAGUUGGAGUUUGGAGUGGGGAAAGUCCAGAUGAACUUCCUUCAUUUACUGAGUUCGGAAGCCACCCAUAUCAUCACCAUUCACUGUCUAAACACCCCAAGGUGGACAAGCACACAAACAAGUGGCCCAGGAUUGCCUAUUGGUUUCAAGGGAUGGAAUGGCCAGAUUUUUAAAGUAAAUACUCUACUUGAACCUAAAGUGCUUUCAGAUGACUGCAAGAUUCAAGAUGGCAGCUGGCAUAAGGCAACAUUUCUUUUUCACACCCAGGAACCUAAUCAACUUCCAGUGAUUGAAGUACAAAAACUUCCUCAUCUCAAAACUGAACGAAAGUAUUACAUUGAAAGCAGUUCUGUAUGCUUUCUGUAA